CUAUAGGGGCUUAAGGGGGUGGGUGAGGCGAGGAAGGAGGAGCGUUUUGAGUAGAGAAAGCCGGAGAGAGUUAUUGAGUGAUUGGCUGUCGAGUUUUGUUUAGUUGAGGCGCUACACGAACUCAAGUCUUUCCAUUUCGUUCUCAAAAAGGGAUUACAGCCACCCGGAUAAGCGCGGAGACAGUGACAGAAAAAGAACCGUUGAUAACGACUACAAAUACGCGUAUUACUUGGAUAUUUUCUCUCAAAAACAGCAGGGUUUGGACGACAACUUUUAACGCCAGGAAAAGAAGGCAGUUAGCCUACCUUUACAUGGGAUGCUUAUUUAAAUAAGCAAACGGUUUCGACUGAAUAAGCGUGGUGUUUAUUCUCGGUUGUUUUCUUAAACUUCGUUCUUGAAUAUCUCAACUUUUUGAGGUUUUGCUUUGCCUUUUUCUUCUGUCAACGUCUGUCAUCGAGUUGUGUUCGUACGUCAGAGCGGGACAGAUGACGACUGAGAGCUCCCACGGACCACUGCGGUCGACGCCCCCGGCUAGGACCAGUCCAGCGUCCACCGCGCUGCAUCCAGGACUGAUGAACUCGACAGGUAACUUGGAGGACCAUGGCACCGUGUCCAAGAGCAAAAAGACUAAUUCAGGACUGCGACGCCCGGAGAAACCGCCCUACUCUUACAUUGCGCUCAUUGUGAUGGCUAUUCAGAGCGCACCGACGAAGCGACUCACACUUAGUGAGAUUUACCAGUUCUUACAAACACGCUUCCCUUUUUUCCGAGGCUCUUAUCAGGGCUGGAAAAACUCUGUUCGGCACAACUUGUCUCUGAACGAGUGCUUCAUUAAACUACCAAAAGGCCUUGGCCGGCCGGGUAAAGGACACUACUGGACCAUAGACCCCACCAGUGAGUUUAUGUUCGAGGAAGGGUCAUUUCGGCGAAGACCGCGAGGAUUUAGGAGAAAAUGUCAGGCCAUGAAACCAAUGUACAGAAUGAUGAACGGCCUAGGGUUCGGUUCCGCCAUUUUACCUCAGAGCUUCGAUUACCAACCUCCCACCGGCGCACUUGCGUGCCACAGCAGUGGCUAUAACCUGGACCUGUCUGGUAAUGGUUAUGAGUCAAUAAGCAGCGGGCACCACGGUCACAUGUCCCCCAGCUCCAGACAUGGCUAUAUGGCUAGCUGUCCAGUGCCCGGGAACGGAGACUAUGGCGCGGAGAGCAACACCAGCCCAGUCCCGUCUUCUCCUGCAAUAGCGGGCGCGCUUGAGGGUCACUCGUCGUAUUCAGAGAGCACGGCACUGUGGGCUUCUUCAAAUUCUCCAUAUCUAAAACAGCCGACUACAGUCUCGAGCAAUUCGCCGUCCACAGGGCAGCAUCCCGGCAUAUUCACCUACUCUCUGGAGCAGGGUUAUAUGCCGCAAAGUGCCAGAGACAACACAGACAUGUCAGUGGGAAUAUCGCGCUAUCCGACACAUUCAUCCCCAGUCGGAGAACGGAAGGACUUCAUGUUGAAUUUUAACGGAAUAACGUCUUUCCAUCCUUCUGCCGGCGGAUAUUAUCACCACCAUCAUCAUCACCAUCACCACCAUCAGAGUAUGCAUCAAGACGUCAAGCCUUGCGUGAUGUAGUCCGCUUUUUGCGGAGCAGGUUGCACAAAGAUAAGCACUUGGAUAACUGUGAGGUAAAGAAAAUUAAUGAAGGAUUAAUUAUUUUGCACUCGCAAAACGCUUGGAAAUAGGCCUAUUUUCCAAAACCAGCCCCUGGCAGCACGAGUUGACCUCACCGGUCCGAGCGCAUAUAAAACUCAUGUUAAACUAAUGAAGUUAUGGACGGGCCAUUUUAUGUGUUGUGGUUACAUUUCAAUAGAGGUUGAAUUAAGCACAUUUGAGUAUAUAUGUCACUUAAUCUGUACAGAGCAAUGUGAUGUGUGGAAGCAGAAAUAAAACAUUUCAAAGAAA